AUGUCACAAACAACGCUCGCACCAAAAAUCCUAAGCGAUUUUAUGAAAUCAUCAAGGGCUCCCGAUGGUAUAUCUGUGAAAGCCGGCGCAUUAGGACAGUUCCAAGCUGUAUCGUUCGUUCCACGUGAAUUCUUCCAUUCGUAUAUAUUUAAUGGAACAGAACCGAUCGUAAUCGUUGUUGCAUUAAAAGAUCUGUAUUGGGUGUUAGGGAUUGCCCAAGAUAAUUUCUCUUCACAGGGAGAUAUAGAAGAAUUUGUUCCUUUACAAGGUUCAUUUUAUGAAUCAGAACAAGCAACGAUUGAAUAUGAGAAAGAGGGAUCGACAUUAAAUGUCGAAUUAUUUGAUGAUACGAGUUCAAAUUCCAUUGAAAUAGUUCCUUUGUUACAAAAUCCUAUAGGCGAUAUUCCUGAACCAAACGAUCGAGUCAUGUUUUUUGAGAUGUUAUGCAGCGACUUGAAGAUGAUUCUUAAAGAUUGCAUAAAAACCGGAUCUAAGUUUGAAUUACAUGGAUUCAAACAUGACAUUAUUGCAUUGAAAUUCAUAAGUCGCAACGAAUCUCGAUUCGUUGAGAAUGACGUUAGAGCUGAAGCAUGUUUUCAAUGUAGAAUCGAAGAAGACUUUCAGUUCACAUAUUCACACAAUUGUAUACAACCCCUGUUAUCAUUGCCGGUCGAUAAGAAAAGUAAUAUAGAAGUGAUGAUCUAUAGAAACGGAUUAAUGAAUCUCAAAUUUAGACCCGUUGAUGUACAUAAUUCAUACGUGAAUUAUAUGGUAAGUAAUGUUUGA